AUGUCGUUCACAAACUUGCAGACUGUGAUUAUCACAGAAUCAAAUAAUCAGGCUGCCGACAAUGCCAGCAUCACGGCAUUGCCAUUCGACGCGCUAAUUCAUAAUCUUACCGCAAGCCCCUGUCCCCCUUUCACUUGCAAGUCCCUUCGUUUCGGUGAAGGCGUCGGAUGGCACAUGAUGUUGGAAGACAGCAAUGGCGGAGAAGAGGAUGGGGAAGAAGACUGGGCUUGUGUCUUUAGGAUCAACUUCCCAGAGUGUGGUCGCACCGCUAUGGUUAACAGAGAUCUCACAGGCUGUGUCUUGAGUUGGUGCUUGUCGGAGCACAGCGACGCAUUCGAGACCAGCAAUGGAGCCUCUGUCAGGCAGCUGGAAGAGCAGGGCUAUGGGCAAGAGUGGAAGGCGUCUCUGGGUAGGGUGACGAGCGCGAUUGUGGAGAUGGGCGAGAUGAGUGAUAGCGGCAGCUUCUUCAACUCGUUCUUAGGUGACCCUGAGCUUAUAGUCAAUAGCAGUAUGUCAGAGGAAGAGGUACACUCACUGGUAGAAAGAUUCGAAGAGACGUGCGGGUCUCAGACCUGA